CUCCCCACCAUCACCCACAGAUCCCUGGGAAGAUGCCAGGGUUGAUUAACCGKGUGACCCUCUCCCGCCUGCCCCUCAUCGCGUCCGAGGUGACAUCCUGUGUCAGUGGCUAUGCCUUUGGGAUGACAGCCCUGCUCACCUACCACAACCCAGACCCACAGGCUUUGGAAGGUCUCUUUGUGUACCCCUUGGAUGAGGGCACUGCUGUUGUGGGCUUCGAGGCGGCCGUGUCACGGCGCACRGUGACAGUGCAGAUCAAAGACAAAGCCAAGAUCGAUGACACCUACUUYGACAGCUGCAGCCUCCUCCAUGGAAGAGCUGGUGAUGGAAGYGGAAGGAUCAUGAUGGAUGAGGACCUGGAGAGGAUYGUUUUUGUGGCCAACCUGGGCAUGAUUCCUCCCCUGGAAAGUGUCUCCAUCUUCAUCAGCACCUCCUCUGAGCUGCAGACACUGCCCAGUGGGGCAGUGAGGGUCCUUCUGCCAGCUGUGUGUGUCCCCAGGGUCCCCCAGCCCARCCUGGAGAAUGCCAGCAGCCUUUCCAGCAGCCACCAGCUCCGAACGGAUAAACACCUCUGCGGACUGGGGAGCCUGGAGCCAGGGAGCAGGUUCUGSCUGGCUCAGCUGCUGGACUAUGAGGCUACCAACCCCUUUGAGUAUGAGUUCAGCUUCCACCUGGAGAUCCGAGGGCCGUGUUUGCUGGCAGGAGUUGAGAGCCCCACCCACGAGAUCCGAGCAGACGCCGACCCCUUGGCUCGCUCCGCCAAGAGCAUCGUGAUCACUCUGGCCAACAAGCACACCUUUGACAGACCCGUGGAGAUCCUCAUCCAUCCCAGUGAGCCUCACAUGCCCCACGUCUUAAUGGAAGAGGGUGACAUGACCCCCGCAGAGUACGAACGGCACCUGAAGGGCAAGAACGAUUUCAUUAAAGGCACUAAGAAAGACCCCAGUGCCAAGAAAAAGAUGGAAAUCAUCAGGAAGCGGCUGAACAAAGACAUCCCCCACCACCCUGUCAUCAUGCUCAACUUCUGCCCUGACUUGAGGACUGUCCAGCCAGGCCUCCGGAAAGCCCAGGGAGAGUUUAUCUUCCUGGUAGACCGCAGCAGGAGCAUGAGUGAUGUGAACAUGGACCGUGCCAAGGAUGCCCUGUUGGUCAUUCUCAAGAGCCUGAUGCCAUCGUGUCUCUUCAAUGUCAUUGGGUUUGGAUCCACCUUCAAGACCCUCUUUCCUGCCAGUCAGGCCUAUGGUGAGGAGAGCCUGACCAUCGCCUGCCGGAGCAUCAGGAGGAUCCGGGCUGAUAUGGGCAGCACCAACCUCUUAUCCCCGCUGAAGUGGCUCAUCCGCCAGCCCAUCCACAGGGGCCAUCCCCGGCUGCUCUUCCUGCUGAUGGGCGGGGCCGUCAGCAACACCGGGAAGGUGCUGGAGCUGCUGCGGGACCACUCGUGCUCCACCAGGUACGGGAGGCUCACCCCUGCAGGGCCAGAAACCCGGCACAGCCUGGGACGAGAGAUUGCUGCUCUGAGCCAUGGGAGAACCUUAAAGGGUUUGGAACGGAUCCCAGAAAUGAUCAGGUCACUGAAGAAGGCCAUGGCGCCMGUCCUGAGUGAUGUGUCCGUGGAGUGGGUCUUUCCUGAGAGCACUGAGGUCCUGGUGUCCCCUGUCAGCAGCAGCUGCCUGUUCCCUGGUGACCGCCUGCUCAGCUACAGUGUCAUCUGCGACACCUCCCCGUACCUCUCCAACCCCAGAUCUGACAAGAGGCGGCGGUACAGCAUGAUGCAUUCCCAGGAGUCGGGCAGCUCUGUUUUCUUUCACUCCCAGGAGGAGGGAGCAGGCUUGGAGAGCUGGAACCACUCCAGAGACUCGGAGGGCUCCUGCCCUGCUGAGCGCUCCCCYGAGCGCCUGGGCGUGGGCAGAGACCCCGGGGGAGAGUCGGACACGGACACGGGGAUGGACGUGAGGGCUCCCUCCAGGAGACGGGCAUACAGCACCACCCARAUCUCUGACCGUGAGCCUCGCAGGAAGGUGCCCACAGCCAGCGACCCCGGCACGACCCUGGUGAAAAACCCCCUCAGGAAAACUCAGCUGCAGGACCUGCAGCAGCUCAGCCCCGAGCCCUGGCAGAUGGAUUUCCAGCCCCUCCCGGCCGCCAGGAUCCGCGGAGCCGGUGCCCGGCGCCCGGCCCUGCUCCAGCGCAGCUGCGUGUCCUUCUGCCACGACCCCAACGCCGCGGCGCUGCCGGACGGGCUGCAGGRAGCCCCGGCCAGGGGAAUGGAAGCCCUCGAUGCCAUCCCGAGCCUGCGCUCCUCGUCGGACAGCCGGAGCCCCGGGGAUCUGGAGUCUGCCCAGCAUCCAUCCCUCACCUUUGAGACGGAGACCUCCUCUGACUGGGAGCCCCAGGACGCUGAUGCCAGCGCUGCCUGCGGCUCCCCACGCUCCCCCAGGACCCUGUGCAAGGCCGUGGUGAAGGGGCUGAGGAACAACGAGCCUGUGCAGUGGGAAGUCACCUUUGAUAUCRGCCCUCUGUUCCGGGAGCGGGAGAGCCGGGAGGACGGUGACGCAGACCUUUGGAGUGAGACCUUCCACCACCUGGCAGCCAAGUCACUCAUCCAGGACUUGGAGCAGCUCGCUGAGAGGGAGUGUGAAAUCGAGCAUGGGUCUGGGCGGCGGUUCCAGCUCAGCGCUGUCCACACCAGCAAGGCCUGCAAUGUCAUCAGCAAGUACACAGCCUUUGUGCCCGUGGAGCUGAGCACCAACUCCUACCUGCCCAUCCUGGUCCAGUACACCCACACAGGGGCAGCAUCCAAGCAAGGCAACCAGAGGAAACAGAAGAGCCCAGGAAACAGAAGGCAUCGUGGCUGUUCCCCUGGAUGCCCUCAGCCAGUGUGUAGCCAGAAUGGAGACUAUGGAUUUUCCAGCAUGAAUGCUGAGGAGAGCAUCCCCUCACCCUCCAGCACCCCRUCCUCCUCUGCCUGGGAGCGCUGCCGUGUCCCCGAAGGGCCGCUCCAGAGCCUGUCUGCUUCCUCUGCACAAGCCCAGAAAUCCAUCGAGAGGCUCUUUGCUGCCAGGCUGACCCUCAGUAAAACCAGGCUGCUGGUUCGAGCUGCCAAAGGCUUCAUGAGUAAAUCUCCAAGCAGAGGGAGUGAAGCCAGCUCUGAGAGUGACAAUGAGAGCAUGGACUACCUGCCUCUGGUGUCCCUGCAGCUGGCCUGUGGUGCCUUUCUCCUAAAUCCAGCCUUCUGCGAUGCCAUCAACAUCCCCAUGGAGAAGCUGAAGUGGACAUCACCCUUUGCCUGCCACCGCCUGUCCCUCAGCCCCUCCGGCUCCUACAGCUGCAAGAAGAGCAGUCCCUCCACGGAGCACAGAAACCAGAGCUUCAGCCAGCAGCUGCUGGUGCCCAGYGGGCACGGGAAGGGUCCCAGCACCRCAGAUGUUGCAGUCCUGGAGGACACGGGCCGCCCUCGGCACCUGUCGGGCAGUGCAGCCGAGAGCAUCUCCAGAGCCCUGAGAGCCGAGCAGGACCUGUCCCCUCCGGCCAUCACCAUCCGCCGCUUCUCCUCCCCGGCCAAGGGCCAAGACAGCCCCGAGCUGCAGGCUGUGCUGCUGGACGUGGAGCUGCAGCAGCAGGCACAGCCCGMGGGGAUGCUGUGGGCCACGGCCGUGGCGCUGGCCUGGCUGGAGCACAGCUCCGCUUCCUACUUCAUCGAGUGGGAGCUGGUGGCUGCCAAAGCCAGCCGGUGGCUGAGUGGGCAGGACUUYCCGGAGGGAUCCAGCCUGGCCACGGUGAAAGCAGCAGCUCAGCAGCUCUUCGUGCUGCUCCGGCACUGGGAUGAAAACCUGGAGUUCAACCUGCUGUGCUACAACCCGGGCAGUGUGUAGAGARGAGGAGGAGGAGGAGGGWGGUUUGGGUGGAUUAGUGAGGGCACAGGAGCAAGGAUCCAUCCUUAAGGAAAUGCCUCCAAAGAGCUCCACUCCUCUGCUGCAGGGAUGUGUGUGUUUAUAGAGCAAACCCUGCAAACAGAGCAGUCUGGGCAAAAUCCUGCACUCAGCAGUYGGGAUUUUGGCCUGGGAGGGAACCUACCAUUGCCUGCAGUUGUUGCUUUUUAUUUUCAACUGGAGCAGCACUUCCAGCUACAGCAGUUCCCUCUGAUCUUGGUUUCUUCUGAUUCCCAGCCCAAUUUCCAGAGCAGAUCUUGUGGCCUGCUCCACUUGCCCUGUCCUUGCUUAGGUGCCUCUUUGCAGCCCUGAAUCACUGSCAGGCCCCUGCUGCAGCCCCUCAGCCCCAAAUCCCUGCUUUCCUGAGGCUCCUGCCUGCCUCCUGCCAUCUCAGACAGCUUUCAGAGAAGGAAGAGCUCUGAACACGUGCUCGUCUCAUGGAUCAAAGGGAAUCARGGCUGGGAGUGACCAUGUGAAGAGCAGCCCUGCUGUCACAGCCGGGAGGAUCGAGCCCAGCCACACACGAACAAGCCGGGCCAGGUGGAGGCUGGAACCAAACCCCAUCACAUCCACACGGUGCUGGGCUCCCUCAGCCCCUCUGCAAUCCCAGAAGGAGUUUGUGAGAUCCCUCGCAGCCAACGUGUGCCUUUGGAAUUUCCCAGGCAGAGCCAGGGCACCCAGGAUUGAAGGAUCAAGUGCCUCUGGAGGGAGUUGCCCGCCGUCUCCAGCGUGGCUGCGAUGGCCCUGGAGCCCAUCCAGAGCCCACUGCCUUCGUUCCCUCCCUUGGCAUGUAGCAGCCUUGCCCUGUGCCAGCAGGCUUCUGUCUCAUGUCUGUGUGUCUGGGGGUAAGACAGGGGAGCAAAUCACUGCUGGGAACCAUGAGCACCCCUCUGCUCUGAUGUCACCUCUCCAAGGUCUCGAGGACCAUCCCUCCUGUCUCUGCUGUGGUUUUACCUCUCUUGGGUCUCCAGCAGCUUCCCUCUGGUCUCAGCUCUCAGUGUCACCCCUCUGGGGUCCCCAGGAUCAUCCCUCCUGUCUCUGCUCGGGUUUUACCUCUCUGGGGUCCCCAG